CUGUGGCUGAAAAGUUUGAAGCAAGAAACUGUGCAGCCGCUGUACAGUUGCCACCCAUGCCGCCGCAAAGCCCCCCGCCCGUCCCCCCGCCCGCCAGCGGCGGUGACGCAUCACUUACAGACACGAGCGGUGGCUCCAUCCAGACCCUUAAGCAAAACUACCUGAGCCUCCUGCCCCAGGAGCAGAUCAUUCAGAUAUGUCUCGCGCUCGACCUUCAUGCGCCUCAGCAUGUCCAGACUACAGUAUGGCCAGUGGACUUGCAGGCCGCCAUACAGACUUUGAAGAGUGGCACUGCACCUUCGACGCCGGGGCCACUUGUCGCCGCCGAUGUGCACUCACUGCUUGACCAGCCGACCAAGGAUGCACCGACAGAGCAGGUACACCCUCCAGGGCCCCCCGUAAGUACCAGUGGGGUUCCGCCGAUGGCCUCUUUGCUAGAUGAUGCUGCACCACCAUCGCGCUCCUCCCAGCCGUCACCGUCUUCUGCAGAGACCGCAGCACCGAAGCCUUCGCAGGACAGUGAGCCGUCGACCCACGGACCAUCAAUCGCUGGUCCAUCAACACCAGCGUAUCCGCGGUCAGCUGCGAAUAGCCCUGCCCCGCAACCACCCAGCGUGCCUCAACCUCACGCGCCGUACCCGUACGCACCAUACGGCUAUGUACCGAAAACACCCCAGCAGCCCGCCUAUCCUCACACGCCCUACUAUGCCACUUCCCCGCCUGUCCCCCCUGGCUAUCCACCCCAUUAUCCCUAUGCUGGGUACCCGCCUCCCCCAGGCUACCCAUCGACGUCCACUGGUCACCCGGCGUACCCGCCAGCUGGGUCGCCGCCGCCGGGAGCGAUGACUGAAUCUCCGGCCAAUGCGGCGUAUCCGAUGCCUCCCGCGGAGGACUUGCCGUCAUAUGAGGAGAUGAUUGUUGAGGCUCUGAUGGACACGAGCGACCCGGAGGGUGCGGCGCCGAAAGACCUGUUCGCGUGGAUGGCGUCGCGGUACCCGCUGCAGACGAACUUCCGCCCGAGUGCGAGCCAGGCGCUGCAGAAAGCCUACAAGCGUGGCAGGCUUGAGAAGAGGCAUGGCGGGAAGUACCGCAUUAACCCGUCAUGGGAGGGCGGCACAACAUCCAAACGCACUACUCGAAAGCCCCAGACACUUGCACAAACGACCUACGCUAUGCAACAAGGGCCACCUGCGUCACCCUUCACCAACGCACCCCUUCAUCACCGCUCCAACCAUACACCAUAUCCUCAGUCUGGCCCGCCAGGCCAUUAUUCCGGCUAUCCAUACAACUAUCCUCCUUCAGGCUACCCUUCGUAUCAUACGCCAGGUCUAUCGCAGUACUAUCAACAGCAGCCUGGACACCAGCCGACGACGGCAAACAAGACCCCUGCUCAAAGCUCUGCCCCCGCACCAGCAGCGUCGGCUGCGCCGUCCGCGUCAAGUACGGCCCCCGCAGUGGCAGGUAGCAGCAAGGACGGUGCGGACAAGGCGCAUACAGCAGACGGGCACGACGCGAAUGCUUGGGAAGCGGCUCAGCAUAUCCUCCAAGCCAUCAACUUCACGCUGCACCAAAUCGAAGACCCAGAGCAGCCUGAAACGCCUGCGGUCACCGCCUCGAACGCUCCGGCUACAGCUCCUGCGGCCCCGAGCACGAGCGCGCCCACGCAGACUGCCGCGGAGGCACCGCGGACGACGCUCACUGAGGAUGAGCGAGCAUCGCUGCAGGCACAGCUGGCCCUGCUCGCUGCUCAGCUCACGGAGAUCGCGAACGAGAGCGACGACGAGGAUGAAGAUAUGCAGGAGCCUAUUCAGGUACCCUCUCAACUCCAACCAGCACACGAGCUACCUGCACUAGAGGGUGCGCAGGCGCAGCCUGAAAGCAUACCCCAAGCUGUACCGCCAGUACAAUCGGAAGCCUCGGCUGCCCCCGACAGCAAUCAGUUCGGGGACCUCUCUUCGGAGGCAGCUGGCCGCGCGAUGGCGAUGCUCUUGGACAAUCUUGACAGCGCCGCUCAGGCGCUGGCGGCGGAGGAAGGGGAGGAAAGCGACGAGGACGAGGACAUGGAGAUGGUGGAGGUACCGACGUACGUCGAGAGUGAUGCGUUACGGACUUGAGUGUUGGAUAUCUGUUUCUUUCAGUUGUGUCACAUACUUAGCAUUGUUCAAACGUAGUUUCAGUUCCGUUCUAAGGAUCACAUUGUCAACGCUGGCAUCAUUCUCGGGAA